AUGACCUCAAACAUGCUAACUGUGAAUGGAGUCAAAGUGGCUUCUAUGCUGUCCCAGCCCACCCACGUCAAUAUUCACAUCCACCAGGAAUCUGCUUGGGCUCAAAUUCUAAAGAAUGGGGGUUCUCUGAUGUGCCGUUUUUUUAAGCCCAAGGACACUGUCCAUCCUAAAAGCAAGAUAUGCCAUGGACAAUUGGCACUCGGGGUGACCCAGAUAUUUCUGGGAAUUGUGAGCUGUGCUCUUGGAGUGUUCCUCUACUUUGGACCCUGGAUUGAGCUGCGUGGCUCAGGCUGUGCCUUCUGGGCAGGGGCUGUGGGCUUCAUAUCAGUCCUGCUCACCCUGGCUGGUAUUGCCACAGUCCUGGCAGCUGCCGUCCUGUGUGUGAAUAGCUUAAUCUGGCAAAGUGAUGGCUUCCACAAUAUCGGCUCAGUGUGUGAUUACCCUGAGAUGACAACCAUUGGGUACAGAUGGAGGAGGCAAAGCUGGAGGGACUCAGAUUGGAAGAAGACUCAAUGCAAGUCCUACAUGCAGAUGGUGACGAACUUGUUCCUGGCCAUCCGUGCUCUGCUCUUGGCUGUCUGUGUCCUGCAGGCCGUUGUAUCCUUAACUUCCUUGGCCGUGGGUCUUCGAAGUUUGUGCAGCAGGAACUCCAGGCUCCUUGAUAAAAUUGAUUCUAAAAAGAAGCUACUGGGAGAGAGUCCUGUGUCUUCUACUUGCAGAGACGAGAUGCCGUCUGCCAUCGCCUGUGACUUGCCAGGAUCUGCCUGCGUCCCUGUGCCUCCCUGUCCUGAGUAG